UUGGUGGUGGUUUUUUUUUUUUUUUUUAUAUUUAUUUACCAACCCUCAUCUUCAUCCCUAUAAUUACGGUGAUUCUUUCUUUCAUUUAUUGUGCUCCAUGUUUCGCAGGUUCCUCUUUAGCACCUCUCUCCCCAAUCUUCUUCCAAUUCCACCCAAAGGGAACAACUUGUUCUUCUCUUUCUCUCUCCCCAUUCUUAAUUCUCUCACUCAAAAACCUUCCCUUUCAUUUCGAACCAAAAUGGGCGAUGCUCGCCGCCCCUUAUCGGUGCCCAUCCCCACCGUCGACAAAGCUGACCGCUCGGAGCUCCUCCGCGCCCUCGAAGCCUCCCUUGGCUCUUCCUUCAGUUCGGACCCUCUCUACCCGAACCCGAACCCGCUCAUCAUCGUCAUCAGCGGACCCAGCGGCGUCGGCAAAGACGCCGUCAUCAGCCGCCUCCGCGAGUCACGGAGCGGCCUCCACUUCGUCGUCACCGCCACCAGCCGCCCCAUGCGACCCGGCGAGGUGGAUGGGAAAGACUACUACUUCGUGACGAAAGAUGAGUUUCUGGGGAUGGUGGAAAGGGAGGAGCUUCUUGAGUACGCUGUUGUGUAUGGGGAUUACAAGGGUGUUCCGAAACAGCAGAUUAGGGAGUAUAUGGGGAAAGGUUAUGAUAUUGUGCUUAGGGUUGAUAUACAGGGUGCUCAGACGCUGAGGAAGGUGCUGGGUAAGUCGGCGGUGUUCGUUUUCUUGGUGGCGGAGAGCGAGAUGGAGAUGGUGGAGAGGUUGGUGGAUCGGAAAACGGAGACGGCGGAGUCUCUGCUUGUGAGGAUUGCCACUGCGAGGGAGGAGGUGAAGCAUGUGAAGAACUUUGAUUAUGUUGUUGUGAAUGCUAAGGGGAAGCUUGAGAAUGCUGUUGAGUUGGUUGAGUCUAUUAUUGAUGCUGAGAAAGCUAAGGUUCGCCAAAGGAAUGCUGUCAUUUAGUAUGUAUAAAACUGAACAGAUUUUAUGACAGCUGAUAAACUGGGGAUGCUAGUAAAAGUCUAAUUUGUGGGCUCUACUUAUUGCCAAUGAUAAGCGUGAUGUUUCUUUGUUCCUUUCCUACAAUUGAUGUCAUCAUGGGCAGACAUGUUGAUAAUUCUUGUGAUGAUUCUUCCAAUACUCCAUGCUGUUGGUGAAUUGAAUAGAAGUUAUAAUUACAAAGCCUAGUACCAUUUGUUUAUUUUAUUCGUUGAUCUGGUUGUAGGAUAUAUUUAUGUAGGCAGCAAAUUGAAUUUAGUGGAUGAAAACAGUGAACUGAACUGACUCAGAAAGCCUUCUUUUGGUAGAGAUAUUAUCCUCCUCCUUUAAAUAUAUAUUUAG